CUCCAUAACUUUAAUGUGCACGAAAUAUGAAUGUCUACAUUAAUUAAACUCAUGCGUCAUGAGAGUAAUUACAGCUUGUCUUCUGUCUGGCCAGUUUAAAUGAAUGUUCAUAACAACGCAAUUGGCAUUAAUCAAAGUCCUGACAAAAUUGGAAUUUUAAUUAGCUGUCAGUCAAAAGCGGGUGUGCAGACUAAUGCUGCAUUGCAUGGUAGUACAGGCAGUAGUAUUUUUUGUUGUUGUGUUUCUACUGGUAAUAAUGUAUCAAAUGGUUUAUCAGUCAACUAAAUCAGUGGUAUUCUAUGUUUCAUUUGUACCAUUAAGCUUUCAUUAAAGUUCGUGGCGGUUGAAUGUUAUAUAAGCUGUGGUUAUCCAGGCAGAUGCAUAUUGACUUUGCAAAAGGCAACAGAGAAUCAUGAAGAUUAUUCUGUUUAUCGCUUUUGUUGGUUGUUUUGUUCAAUUGGCUAAGUGUUCCAUUUUGAGAGUACAACCUACAUCUAAUAGUAGUACUUGCAGUGGAGUGGUUUACAGGCAUAACUGCAUUUGGUUGCCUUACAAAACUCCAUUUGGCAUGUCGGACAAAAAGGAUGCUGCCGAUUAUUGCUAUAGUCAAGGAGGGGAUUUGGUUGAUAUUGUAAACAAAGAAAUGUAUGAACUUGUGUACGAUUACGCAUCACUUUCAAUAACAACAUCCUCGCCAUAUGGAACUUUUUAUGUUUGGCUUGCUAUGCUAUAUACAUCAGAGGAUCAGUUGGUUCGGCAAAGCAGUGGGGGGCCCGUGUCAUAUGUAAGAUGGUAUCACCCGAAAACACAUAGAAAAUCGGGAAGCAUCAUAUGGACUGUUGCAGAUCACAACCAUCUAAAUGUUGGAUACACUGGGUAUUGGACAGAUGAUGGAGACUAUAACUUGGGAUUCCCAUUGUGUACAAAAUACAUGGGAUAAUGUAAUAUCAGUUCACUGCUUGUAUUCAUACUUAGUUAUCAUUAAUAAAUUUUGUUAUAAACCUAAAUAACCUUUUUCAUUACAUGGCAUAUGUAAAAAAUUUUUUGAGAAUAAAGUCAACAUUACGCCUAAA